UGCAGCUGGCAGUGCGGCGGGCGGGCGGGCGCCGAGCAGCGCCUGCGGGGCCGGCUAUUAAUAACGCGCCCGCCGGAGCCCGGGUCGCGCAGCCAUGGCCAGCCCGGAGCCCGGCGGGGACGGCGCCGCCCAGGCCCCGAGGGGAACAAGAGCCAAGGCCAGUUCUCUUCAAGAGGAGAACUCUCGGUCCCUGAGUGAAGCUGCGACCUUGAACCCAGAAGCGACUCUAUCUUUGGAGGGGACUGUGGACCUAGAAGACAUUCUCUAUCUGGGAGGGGACUUUGAAGAUACUGUCGAUGUGGAAGAGACUGAGAAGCCAGAGGAGCUGCUGUUUAUUGAGGAGACGGGGCAGACAGAGGAAGCCCUGGACUUGGAAGAGCCCACAAGUCCCCCUGAGACACUGCAUGUGAAUCCAGAUGAGGGACAAUGUCGGGGGGAGCCUGUGGAGCCCGCCGAGAGCCCAAGCCCAAAGCAGAGUAUCUGUGAAGGACAGAUGGUCACAAGGGAGGAGAAAUCGAAGCCUGAGGAGAGGCUCGGAGCUGAGCCAAGUCCCAGCACAGAGGAGAGCCUGAGUGCAGAGGACCUGGAACGGCUGGAGGGCCGUUUCCAGCAGUGUGUGCAAGCCGUGGCCCAGCUCGAAGAGGAGCGGGACCAGCUUAUCCAUGAGCUGGUGCUGCUCCGGGAGCCAGCCCUGCAGGAGGUGCAGCAAGUCCACCAGGACAUCCUGGCUGCCUACAAGCUGCAUGCCCAGGCGGAGCUGGAGAGGGACGGGCUCAGGGAAGAGAUCCGGCUGGUCAAGCAGAAGCUGUUCAAAGUGACCAAGGAGUGCGUGGCCUAUCAGUACCAGCUGGAGUGUCGCCAGCAUGACGUGGCUCAGUUUGCAAAUUUUCGGGAAGAACUGACUAACAAGGCAGCCCAGCUCUCGGGGGAGCUGUCCCAACUCCAGGAUGACCAUCAGAAGCAAAAGGAGCAGUUGAGGCAACAACUAGAAGCACCCCCAAACCAGAGGGAUGGGCACUUUCUCCAGGAGAGCCGACGGCUGUCUACCCAGUUUGAAAGUCUCCUUGCAGAAAGCCGCCAGGGCCUGGAGGAGGAGUACGAGCCGCAGCUGCUGAGGCUCCUGGAGAGGAAAGAAGCUGGGACCAAGGCUCUACAGAAAACCCAGGCCGAGAUCCAAGAGAUGAAGGAAGCGCUGAGACCUUUGCAAGCAGAGGCUGGGCAGCUCCACCUGCAAAACCGGAACCUGGAGAAUCAGAUCACACUUGUGAGGCAGAAACGAGACGAAGAGGUCCAGCAGUACAGGGAACAGCUGGAGGAAAUGGAAGAGCGGCAGAGGCAGUUAAGAAGUGGAGUUCAACUCCAGCAACAGAAGAACAAAGAGAUGGAGCAGCUCAGGAUCAGUCUUGCUGAAGAACUCUCAACUUAUAAGGCUAUGCUACCCAAGAGCCUGGAAGAGGCUGAUGUUCCCACUUCUCAGGCAGGUGGAACCCAGGCACAGUCCCAAGGAGCUGUUUAGAAAUGUCUGGACAAAUCUGUAACCUAGAAACAACUUCUUAGCCAAGGAUCACUAAGUACUACAGGGAAGUAUUUCUCCCCCAGACAAGAAUGCCAGAAAUUGGCAAGCAAUUCACUCUGUGAAAUUUGCAUAUACUGACUUGACCUGCUUCAAAAAAUUCUAGUGCUGGUUAGAAGCAGGGCACCAUUCAACUUUUACCUGGAUCCCAUCUCAGGCUGCUGGCACAGAUCUCAACACACUGAGGAAUGAAGAUACAAGACUCUAUUUUCUGGCAGCACCCUCACCUUCACACUUAGUAAUGGACAAAUGUAUGGACAUAACUUGCAGAAUUAUGAAGAAUAUGUUGCCUUAUGUUGACCCAAACCAGAAACAUUUAUUUUUUUGGGGGGGACAAAGCUGGGGUCAAAAAGACAGCCAGUUUCCAAGUUAUUUGAGUUUACAACUUGAAUUCUUUUGUGCCAUAGCAAGUAUCAGGUUUGAAAUGGAUCUUCUUUCAAAGUUUACUUUUCCUAUAAGAUUAUGAAGAUUCAUAGUUUACUCUCACAAUUGUGUCAAGAUGGAAUUGGAGCAGCGGCUUAAGUGGUAUAUUACCAGCAACCAAUGAGAGUACAAGGAUUGGUUCUGAAUUCAAGCUCCAGUACCAGCAAAACCAAACUGAAAGCUGGAGUUAAUUUUCACCUAUAUUCUAAAACUAGAUUUGAAGAAAAGGAACAAUUUAGACUUCAACCUAAUGACUUAAGACUAUUCAGAUUUUUCCUAAGAUCUUUUUAGGCCAGUGAUCUACUUAGACAAAACAAAAACUGCAUUGAAAAGGACCCAGCAUUUUAUCUGGUACAGCACUUAGUGGUAAACAUUUUUUAGAACCUAUUACUUUAAACUUUACAGGCCCUGGUAAAACACUCAAACUGUUUUCAAAUUUAAAUUGUGCCUUAAAUUCUACCACUCUGCCUUUGACACUCUUGAAAGCCUGUACAAUCUCUAGGGACUUAAAAAAAAAUGUCAUUUUAUCAGACUAGUCCAUGUACUAGUUCUAGCUCAAUGUUUUAUGUGUUGUAUUUCUAUUGCAAAUGCUCUUGUCUAUAGGUUUCGGUAUAUUUAAUCCUUCUCUAUAGUCAAAGACCACUGAAAAUAACUCAUCAUUGGAAUAAGUCUUCUAAAAGCCAGACUGUUUGAUGAAUGUUAUAUGAUAAAUAAAAUCCAUUGUAGCAUAGGGGUAUGUAGAAAAGCAAUUUUAUUCCAUUAUAAGCACUUACACAGUUAGUCAUGGAGAUUAACAGGCCUGCUGGUGAAACGGGUCACCCAAAAUGGAGAUGGUAUCAAACUAGUGAUCAAGGACUAACGCCUAAAAAAAAAAAAAGCAACUUUUUUUUUUAUCAUCAAGGAUUAAUUUAAUUUUAAGAACAAAUAUAAGCUA